AUGAAUGUCAGGUUCAAGACAGCAGGAGAGCCGAAGAAGAAGAGCGCGAUCGUCAAGAGCCCAAAGCAGUCUUCGUUCUCAGCAAACCGAUCAAGAGCAGCGAGUAAAGAAUCUCAGAAUAUAAGGGGUGGUACUGUGGCCGCUGCUCCAGUCAUUGAUACUGAUGGCACAAACCAAUGUCGAUUUGAGAAUACAGUAAUGGGGCGUUCGCAUUCCGAAGACUUGAUGCAUCUUAACUUUCUCAAUUUUCUCGAUCCAGAUGUGUUGACAGCUCGGAGCAUGCCAACACCCCAAUCUACGGAGCUGCCGAACUUGCCCAAUGUCAACCUUCACACAUCAUCACCUUUGAUGCAAGAUGAUCUACUAGACUCCAACUUCCCACUCCAGGGACUUGGACAGCUCUCUGCGGAGGUCAAUGCGCAAUCAUAUUCACAAGAGUACGGACCACCAUUCUGGGACAUCAACUAUUUUCUGGAGGACUACGUGAACUCGCUACCUACUACUCCUAUCAUGCUAGCGGAUCUGGGAUUCUCCCUUGGUGCAUCUGUGCAAAACAAUUCCGCCAACCCACAGGUCUCAAAGAACGAAAGAGAAAAGAUAGCUAUGUUGUUCCUCAAAACAACGUGCCACAACCUGUCGAUUGAAGAAGACUCUGAAAAGAACCCUUGGAAAACCGUCAUCUGGCCAAUGGCUCAGCAAUAUCCAGCGUUGUACCAUGCUCUCGCAGCCUUGACCUGCUUCCAUACCAGUAAGGUGCAGCCUCAAUUACGUGUCGAUGGCCAGCGACAUCUGCACACCAGUGCGCAUCUCCUCUCGGGUGGUAUCAAUAAGAGUGAGAUACCCUUGGAUGCCGCAUUGGCAGCGACCUUAGCAUUGGGUUUUGCUGAAACGUGGGACAACGAAUCGGCAGCAACUGGAAUGACACAUAUCACUAACGCUGGCAUUCUGCUGCAUCAAAUGAUUCAGAACCGAAAUACCGAAGUUUACACACAGCAAGAAGAGGCGCGUCUUGAAUUUCUGUACAAUACAUGGACCUACAUGGAUGUGAUCGCCAGAUUCACUUGCCUGGAUUUGUGCCCGCCAGUUCCUGACAGCCUCGUGGCAGCCACUAUCGGUCGCUUGAACUUCAACACAUCGAAACUCGAUCCUCUGAUGGGGUACGCAACCAAGCUCUUUCCUAUUAUGAGACGCGUUGCGGAUCUCGUUUGCAGAGUCCGCGUGAAGAAUGCACCUCGCAACUCACCAGUGAUCAUAUCUCAGGCACUAGAGUUGAAGCGAAGUAUUGAGGACUGGAUUCCGCCAGUUGAUAUCGAGCUUCUUGAGGACCACUCUCAGUUGAUGACCGAUGCCAUCCAAACCGCGGAAGCCUAUCGGUGGUCUGUACUAAGCCUGUUGUAUCAAGCUGUACCUGAACUCCCAAGUCAGACUUCCUAUGGAGAGCUCGCACAGAAGAUACUGGUGUAUAUCGCAACUAUUCCACUAUCGUCGCCCACAAUCAUUGUACACAUCCUGCCACUCAUCAUCGCCGGUAACGAUGCCGUCGAGGAGGAAGAUCGCGACUUUGUGCGCGACAGGUGGAGGGCCAUGUCCAACCGCCUAGUGACCGGCAUCUUCGAGCGUGCUCUAGAGAUCACUGAAGAGGUCUGGAAACGACGAGAUCAUUACUGGCAAGCACGACGACUGUCACGCGGGUUUGAAGAUGCUGGGCCGGCUGAAAGUACCAGCCCUACCAAUAAUGCGAACUAUGGCACCGGACCCGGAGCCGGGUCACCAGAUUCGGGAGGACAUCCCAUGAACGCGAUUAAGAUUAGACCGCAAAAUCGCAAAGUCAAUCUGUUUCCAAUAUCUGCCGCGUUCAAGAAAGGCGUUGACACUAUUACACGGUCGGGAAGUAUUGACUACACCGUGCGUGGGAGUUUACACUGGCUAGGCGUCAUGAAGGACUGGCAAUGGCAAGUUCUUCUGGGCUAA